AUGGAGGGCGCCAACCUCGAAUGUUUCGCUUGGUUGCCUGAGUCUCUCCUUGGUGAGCCACCAGCUUGGCUCGUGGCUUCGCCAAAGUUAUCCGCCCAUCCAACAGCACCGCCACAUUUCGGCAUGGCAAAAAGGUUGCUCGAGAAUGGAGGAGAUGAUGCUUUGCUCAAGGCCAAGCAGAGAAAGGAAGGCAAGACAGAAACCAAGACAAAGGAGGAGAAGGUAGAAGGAAAGAGUGAAGCAAAGGAAGAAGAAAAGGAAGAAAAAAAUGAAGAAGUCAAGGAAGAAAUAAAGGAAGAAGUGAAGGAAGAGCUUCAAGAUACCAAGGAAGAGGAGGUGGACGCCAUUCUCAAAGAAGUUGAAGAAGGCGACACGCCCAAAGGAACAAGGCGCAAAAGAUCCUCCGGAAGACAAGAGGAGGAGCCUUUGCCUGAAGUAGAGGCAGCUGACACUGAGACCGAGUAUGAAGAGCCUGACCUGUCUGGCUUCCCGCCGAAGCUUUUCAUAGAGGAGUGCUCCUACGACAAGCUCAACGGCAUGUACAGGAUCAUGGCCAAGCCUAGCAGGGGCAGGCCCUGCUAUUGCAAGACAGCCAACAAGAACGUGUUUUUAUACUGGCACAGCUCAAAGCGCUGGCACGUUGGUUUUGAAUUGAGUGCCAAGAAAUGCACGGCGAGCAUUCCAGACAUUGGUGAUCUAGCACUACCAACGGAGCCGUACCCAAAUGACUGGAAGGUUAUUGAGAAGCAUCACGACAAAGCUGAAGGUGAUGGAGUCAAGAAAGACAAAGUAAAAUGCGUUUCCAUGAGGGUUAUUGAUGGCAGUGUGCUGAAUGAUUCUCAUCAGAAGGAUGUCAUCCAGCCACUGGAGCUUUCUUCAAAUGCCAGGCCUGAAUCCAAGGCUUCACCAUCGACACCUCGAAAGCCCAACAAAACAAACAACAGGCCUUUGCCAAAGAAACGCAAUGCCGUCGCCUAUGUCCAAGCCAAGCUGCUGAGCUGA